AUGGAGGGAUAUGAUACCAUCCUGAUGGGUAACUUCUUGGCCUACCCCGAAUUCCAGAAGAAGUUUGGACAGAACUAUGGUGGUGAUAUUGGAUGGCAGGUUUCUGCGCCUUGGCAGACUGGUCUGAGCAUGGCGAGUACUGUUGGCUGUAUCUUUGGUGGUCUUCUCAACGGAUGGUGUGCAUCCCGGUACGGCUACCGGAUCGUAAUGGUGGUUGCUCUGUUCUUCCUCACGGCAUUCAUCUUCAUCACCGUCUCCGCCAACUCCACAGCAGUUCUCCUGGUCCGGACAGGUCCUCUGUUGAUUGUCCUGGGGUGUAUUCGCGACCAUUGGACCGGCCUCAUCGCCUCGGAUGUGCUAUACGGACUCGUCGGCCGAACCGACCAGUGGUCCUACCGAAUCCCCUUCGCCCUGCAAUGGAUCUGGCCUGUUCCGCUCAUAGCCAUCUGCUGGCUUGCAUCUGAGAACCCCUGGUGGCUCGUUCGUCAAGAACGAUUCGAAGAAGAUGCCAAGCGCAGUAUCCGCCGACUGGGCGGUAGCAAGACCGAAGACCAGAUCAACGGUCAACUAGCGAUGAUGGUGCACACCAUCAAGAUCGAAGCCGAAAUCGAGGCCGGAACCUCCUACGCAGACUGCUUCAAGGGCGUUGACCUGCGACGAACAGAGAUCUACUGCCUCGCCUCUGUCGGACAGAUUCUCUCCGGCAGCAUAUUCGCCUACACGCCCACGUAUUUCUUCACUCAAGCCGGUAUGGACACCAGCCGUUCCUUCCAACUGGGCGUCGGCUGCACAGGCGGCAUCCUCUGCACAAUCCUGUUCUUGAUCGGCAUCCUCAACGCCGCAUCAGACACCAGCGGUGCAAUGUGCGCCCAAGCAGCCCUCUGCUUCCUCUGGCUGUUCACCUAUUCUCUAACCGUCGGUCCAAUCACCUACGCCGGCGUGUCCGAGAUGUCAUCCGUCCGCCUGCGCCCCCUGACAGUCUACCUAGCACGAACAGCCUACCAAAUCAUCGACGUAGUCUCCCAAGUCCUGGAGCCAUAUUUCAUGAACCCGACCGCCUGGAAACGCAUCCGGCAAAACUGGAUUCUUCUGGGGCGCAACAGCGCUAUGUGCAUUGACCGGACCUACGCCGAGCUGGACAUCCUCUUCGCGACCAAGGUCCCCGCGCGCAAAUUUGCGACAACAAAGGUUGACGCUUAUGCGGCUGGAGCGUCGUCGUCGCAGGAGGGUCUUGUACGAGCGGAAUGGAAUGAAAUGUAA